UGAUUUUCAUUGGAUUUUUUCGAGUAAGAUUUAUUUUUAAAGGUUGAUGUUAUGAAUAUGCUGAUUGAUAUGAAUGAUAUAUAAUCUUUAUAAAGUGCAGUGGAAUAUGUCAGAACUAUAUAGCAUGAAAUAAGUGAAAAUAAAUGUACAGCACCCUGUGCCAAAUAUCUGACCCAUGUACAUUUCUCUUACAGGAAAAAGAUAUUAAACUAAAUUAUCACAAAUAUGAUCAAACUGAAGUUGUCGAUAACAUUGAGUCCUGGCCAGUUUGCCCUGUGCCAGUUGAAACAGACAAUUAUGUCGAGACCAGCAAUUCCCUGUUUGAACAGGAGAAACUCAAGCCAAUUGUUAUACUGAUCCCUGAGGAUAUCAGAUGUGAUGGCUUGCUGUGUCCCAUUCCACCUAUAGAGGAGCAGCUUAAUAGAGCAGAUCCAGAGCUGAGCAGCAUCCUUAUUCAGGAUUUCCUGCCUAUUGUACAAUAUAUUGAGCUCCUCAUGACUCCUACUGAGAAUAAAACUAGUCUUAAUGAAGAACUUAUGGACCUAUUUUCAUUAGAAAAGUUCAUCAUUCUACUGGACCUCUUGUGCCUCUAUUGGUACUACAAAAAGGGCUCAGAAAAGGACAAAGAAGAUGCCUCUGCUAAGACAGAGUGCAAUGUUGAAGAAAACGAGGAUGAAGAAGCAGAACAUAUAAGAGAAAGCGCAGUCCCUAGCGACUGUACUUAUUUCUUCCAACAUGAACAUCUGCAAACAAAGUCCAAAAAGAAACGCCUCGGCUUUAAUGUGAGGAAGAGUUUCUGUCGUCCACAUAAAACAAAGAGAAAUGGAACAAAUGAGAGGAAGGAAUUGAGUCGUCUCUUCCUACACUCCAUUCGCCAGUGCAUCCAAAGGGAUAUGUGAGAACGUUUUAUAAUCCCUAUGCUGAGAACAUUCGAUUGGAACCAGAAAAGGACGCUAAUACUGGAAUUUGACAUUAAAAAUAAUUCCGAAAGCAAAUACAGUUGGAGGAGAAAAUGAAAAAAAUCGGGUGGGCGGGUGGAUAGAAUCUCCUCCAGAUUUUUCCUAUACUUCAUUCGGAUAGAGACAAGAAGAAUGAAAAACGU